UCCACUUUCGGGAAAAGCAAGGGAAACCAGAGAGUGGGGGAAGGCAGCCCAAAAGCGGAAAUGAAAAGCUCAACUUCCCUUCGCGUUUUCCGUCCCGGAAAGAAUUUUGGAGGAAUCACGUGGUUGGGUGCUGCUGACUCCUCCGAGAGGGCACGGGAAGGGGCGAAGAUGGGGACUAUGCUGGAUGUCAAAAUUAAGCGGGCUAACAAGGUGUAUCAUUGCGGGGAAGUUCUCAGUGGAGUGGUGGUCAUAACAAGUAAAGAUUCAGUCCAGCACCAAGGAAUCUCUUUAACAAUGGAAGGAUCUGUAAACUUACAACUCAGUGCCAAAAGUGUUGGUGUGUUUGAAGCCUUCUACAAUUCCGUUAAGCCUAUCCAGCUUAUCAACAGUACGGUAGAAAUGGUAAAACCUGGAAAACUGCCCAGUGGUAAAACAGAAAUUCCUUUUGAGUUUCCGCUGCAGGUAAAAGGAAACAAAGUUCUCUAUGAAACUUACCAUGGAGUUUUUGUCAAUAUCCAGUAUACUCUUCGAUGUGACAUGCGGCGCUCUCUCUUGGCCAAAGAUUUGACAAAGACAUGUGAAUUUAUUGUCCACUCCCCACCUCAGAAAGGUAAACCAACCCCAAGCCCAGUGGACUUCACUAUUACUCCUGAAACUCUACAGAAUGUUAAAGAGAGGGCAUCACUCCCAAAGUUUCUUAUCAAAGGCCAUCUCAACUCAACAAACUGCAUCAUAACACAGCCACUGACUGGGGAGUUGGUAGUGGUAAGCUCAGAAGCUGCAGUUAAGAGUGUUGAACUCCAGUUAGUACGAGUAGAAACCUGUGGCUGUGCUGAAGGUUAUGCUAGAGAUGCCACUGAGAUUCAGAAUAUUCAGAUAGCUGAUGGAGAUGUUUGCAGAAAUCUUCCUAUUCCAAUCUACAUGGUCUUUCCACGGCUUUUCACCUGCCCAACACUAGAAACUACAAACUUCAAAGUCGAAUUCGAAGUUAAUAUUGUUGUCCUCUUGCAUGAUGAUCACCUCAUCACAGAGAAUUUCCCACUGAAGCUCUGCAGGAUGUGAAUAUUUAGGACAGUCAUUUUAGGGUUAUCAAAGGAACCAGAUGCUUUCAAUCAGAUGGGAAUUUAAUUGAAACCAAGCUCUGUGGCAAUAAGUCAUAAUUGUGUUAUGAAUGUUGGAUAAGAACUGUCAGAACUGUAAAGAUUAUCUCACAUGGUCAGUUACCGAUACCAAACAGCUGAAACUUCUCCACUGUGAUACUGUCUAGCAAGUAUUUAUCAGAUUCUUUGUUGAAGAGAUAUCUGUCUUUGAUGAAACUCUGUCACUGCUCAGAAUCUGUUGUAACAUUUGUUUUUCAUUUUGUCCCUUUCUGCAUUAAUUCUGAUAAGAUGGUGUCACAGGUGGGUUUGUAUUUCACAAAUGGACAUUUGAACUCAAAUAGUUUCCCAUCUAUGUCUUCCUCUUAUUAUGAUGUCACAGCAAGCAACUACUCUCUUACAUAAGUUUGCAAUGUCUGUUAAAAGCGAGAUGUCCCAAUCUAAAUAAAAUUGGAUUGAUGGGAAUUGUA